CAUUUAGAGGCGCUGGUAUCAGUUAAAAUGCGGAUGUGACAGCUUUCAGACUUCUCUCUGAUCCCAUAGAUCUCAUAGAUCCUCUGCAGAGUAUUUCCUAAGUCGUUCGUCAGGCUUUUAUUCACAAAUGUCGGCGAAAGGUGAUGAAUCAGGGAACAAAAGUAAAUAUGGAACAAAAGAUGUACCAAGAGAUAAUGCCAAAUCAUCGACAUUUGAUCCAACUGAACAUCAACAUGUAAGAUAUAAUCCAUUAAGAGGAGAAUGGGUACUAGUGUCACCACAUCGUAUGAAACGACCUUGGGGAGGUCAAAUAGAACCCAGUGUAAAUGAAGAACUUCCAGAUUAUGAUCCCAAAAAUCCACUUUGUCCAGGAAAUGUUAGAGUUAGUGGAAAAGUAACUCCAAUGUACCAAAAUACAUUUUCGUUCGUGAAUGAUUUUCCUGCUUUAUUAGAAUCAGUACCAGAUCCACCAAAAAUAAAUGAUGAGUUAUUUCAAAUGGAAUCUGCUAAAGGUACUUGUAAAGUAAUGUGUUUUCAUCCAAAGUCAAAUGUAACAAUAGCAUUGAUGAAAAUUCAUGAGAUUAAAGAAGUGAUCAAACAAUGGAUUCUUGAGAUGUUGGAAUUAGGUGAGAAAUGGACUUGGGUCCAGAUAUUUGAAAACAGAGGUGCUCUGAUGGGUUGUAGUAAUGCACAUCCUCAUUGUCAAAUAUGGGCUAGUUCGUUUAUACCGAACGAAGUUAAAAUAAAAGACAGAUAUCUCAACGAUUAUUACAAGCGUAAUAAUAGACCUCUUCUAAUUGAUUAUAUGCAAAAAGAAGUCAUAAAAAAGGAUCGCAUUGUAAUGGAGAAUCGUGACUGGAUAGUUGUAGUACCAUUUUGGGCAGUAUGGCCAUAUGAAACUAUGGUUUUACCAAAAAAACAAGUAAUUCGAAUGCAAGAUUUAUCGGAUAGUCAGCAAGAAUCUCUGUCCAUCAUCAUGAAGAGAUUAUGUAUAAAAUAUGACAAUCUCUUUCAAUGUUCUUUUCCGUAUUCAAUGGGAUGGCAUGGCGCUCCAACGGGUCCAUAUCAAAAUCAUGAUUAUCCAUAUUGGACCUUUCACGGGAUAUAUUUACCACCUUUAUUACGAUCUGCUACUAUAAAAAAACACAUGGUUGGCUAUGAGCUUUUAGCUCAAGCACAGAGAGAUUUGACACCAGAACAGGCAGCAGAAAAAUUAAGAAACUUAUCAGAUUUCCAUUAUAAACAUCCGGAAACUAGUCUAACUUUGGAAGAAAUAGAAAAAUAUUCAAAUUAAAUAUAUAAUAUUUGAAAAUAAAA